UAGCAUGAAAAAUGAAAAAUGUAGCUUUGAGGUAAGAAAUUCUUUCAGGAAAAGUAAUCAGGAUGUAUCUAGUCUUCAGACAUAAUAGUCCAAAGGCCCUGUAGUACUUUAUACUUAAGCAAUCGGCACAAAUCAGUAUUUCGCCCGUUUAGCUCCAUGUCGUUUAUAACUUCCUGCUCCUUGCCAGGAAUCCGGGUAGUCGAAACUAUGAAUACAUGUCUCCUUCCAAAUAUAUCUUCCAUCCAUUCCAUUUGAGCUCUAGAUUCCAGACGCCCUUCCAGGCCAUCUGAAACCAAGCUUGAAAGAAGAACUCGGAGAAGAUCUUGCUGGUCUUGAAAAUCGAGUCGGCCUGUGAAUACGGGCCAGGAGAAUUCUAUUUAUAGACUAGGUCUAUGGGUUUUCCCAAACCUAUGACGUAUGAGCCCUCGCUUUCGUUAAUGACCCAGCGAUCAGUUACGUUUUCGUUUUAGCUCUAGGCUUAACUUUACUGAUAAAUAUGAUUUCUGGGAAUCUCGCCUGGAUUUCCUGUACUUCACAACCGAAAGCUUAUCUACAUGGAAAUCAUAAAAGUCUCGGUUUAAUGUUGACUGUCACUGGCAUAUCCUCUGCCUGUUGAGUGUGUUGCAGUGUUCCAUCAAAGCGCUACGUGGCGAAAUUUGACAGUCUAAAUAUUGCAAAAGAUGGCUACUUUGUCAGUGCGGCGUCACAAUGAGACAGUAUUACGUCAGUUGGAGCCUGGAGACAUGAUCGAGUUCCCCAGAAAUAUGUGGUACUCUCAUUACGCUGUGUAUGCCGGACAUGGCACAGUCAUCCACCUCAGUGGAGAGAAUGAUGGGAUAGGAGAUGGCUGGCAGUCUAACAGCAAGUUUAGCAUUGCUGGAGAGGAAUUCAACAAGGCUUGGGUCAAAGAGGAGGAUUUCUUUGAGGUCGCUAUGGGAAGCAGGGCAAAAAAGAAUAACAAGGAUCACAAAUAUACUCCGAUUGGUCGUGGUAUGGAUAUUGUACGCAGGGCAAGAGCCAAGUUAGGGGAAAUUGGUUACAGUGUGUUGUGUAAGAACUGCGAGCACUUUGCCGCCUGGUGUCGCUAUGGUGUCUCAUGGAGUGAGCAGGUAGACAAAGCCGUGACAUUUGCUGCUGUCACUUGUGUGGUCGGUGCAUUUGUCGGUUUGGCCAUGGGCAUGGGACGAUCACGCAGAAAUGCAAAUAACUAAAAUCUGUUCAUCAACGCGCAUUCAUUGAUUUGAAAUAUGGUAAUUUUGCAUAUAUUUUUACUGAUGUAGGCAAGCAUUGAUACAGUACAUGUAUCAUCACUUGUGCAGCCUCAUAACUGGUACAGCAUUGCAGAUAAUUAGAAAGAUGAAAAUCCAGAGAAGAUCUUUGAUUUUAAUUAUAUUGUAAUUAUAAAGUACGUGUACAAUGUGUAUGUGAUAAAAUUGUGAUAAAAUUCCGUAAGGAGUAGUAUAUGCAUAUUUCUUUGUACCGGUAUAUGUUCUGGUGUUUGGGGAGGAGGCAGGGUUCAGAUUUUUUUCUCCUGGAACCUGUGCAUCAAACCAAGUUCGGCCAUGACACAACAAUAUGAGUAUGGCUUGAGGCUUACAGCUGGUUGGGUUGAUGUCUGUGCAAGGCUUAAUUUCAUGUUUAAUUGAAUGAGAAUGGGGAAAUUCUUGGAUCGUUCUGUUCACUGUGUAGGCCCGCUAAGAUGGCCGGCAUGCAGUUUGUUUUUGCAAGUAAUAUGACAAAAUUCAACACAAAACUUGUUCUGACAAUAUACACUGUAUGUACACAUAAUGCUCACACAAUGUUAAGGUUUAAGGACAGACUAUAACCUCGUCAUCUUGGAGUAAGUUGACAUGGGAUGUUUCUUAUUGCUCUGCUCUGUGAGGCCUGUGGUAAUGUUUUAUUUCUCUCCUGUUGCUAGUACAUUUUGUAUAUAUAGUGGGACUUACCAUAGGUUUUAAUUAUUUAAGAGGAUGUACAGGUAAUGCCUGAUGGUGUUCAUGUAUUGAAUGUACCUGUGUUUGGAUGUGUACUUUGGGGUGUUCAUAUCUUAUCGUGUGAAAACUAAGUGCUUUUGACUUAAUGUUUUCUGUCCUAUAUUUUACUUUUUUUUAUUUUAUGUAGAAGUGACAGGAUGCAUUUUGUUUUUCUUGUUUUGCAGACAUUUGUUGAUAAUAUAUUGUAACUUGCUGUUUAUUUUAAGAAAAUGAAAAAAAUGUUUUCUUUAAGCAUCUUACUCAGUUUACAUAUGUGUGUGCAUGCUUAAGGUUUAGGUAUUGUUAACAUGUCCAAGAUAUGAGCCUACAAGUUAUAUAAAAUUUAUUAUAUUUGUAUAUGAUAUUAAAAAAAUGUAUCAUGAAUUUUAUGUCAUAUGGAAAAUAAUAAAUGCUAUUUUCCUUUA